GUUACGGCGGCGCCGGUGGGCGGGGCCGCGGAGGUAAGGCUUGCACGCGGCGCCGCCUCCUUAUCGGGCUGUUCUUCUUGACGUCACAGCUUAGCGACGCGGCCGGUGUCCACCGCCCGCUUGGCGCCGCCAUGUUGAAGGUAAUUCGGCUGGGGGCCACCCCUGUUAGCCUGAGCUUGCUCUCUCUCCAGGUUUAUGCUUCCUCUUCAGAGAAGGACACUCCCAAAAAGGAGUUGCUGAAAAUUGAGGAGCUGUCACUCUACUCCUCUCCAGCUCGUGAGACUAAAUAUGUGGAGAAUCCACAAACCCAACUGGAAGAGGGGGUUUCACAUUUACGGCAUGUUUUGGAGCCAUAUACAGCCUGUUGUCAGGAUCUUUAUGCCAAAGCUAUGCCCAAAUUAGAAAAAGCUGUUGAGCAUGGUAGAGAGGGCUUUGAACUUCUCCAAAACCCCCCUGCUGGAUUUUAUCCAAGGCUUGGUGUGAUAGGUUUUGCUGGAAUUCUUGGGUUGUUUCUUGCAAGAGGCUCAAAAAUAAAGAAGUUAGUAUAUCCCACAGGUCUCAUGGGUAUUGGUGCCUCCAUGUAUUACCCUCAGCAAGCCGUUUCUAUUGCAAAGGUUGCUGGUACACAGCUGUAUGACUGGAGUCUUCAGGGAUAUAUUGCUGUAGAAUCUCUUUGGAAGGACAGCCCUAAGAAGAAGAAACCGGGGAAAAAAAGUGAUAAGGGUGAUGCAGAUGGUGACAAGCCCCUGGAAAUCCAUGCUGCUUCAAAUGAAAAGCAAGCCCAGAAGUAGAACACCAGAUCACUUGGCACAGCUGAAGAACUGGUCAGCCUUCCUCUCUGCAGGAAGGCUGAGGAGCAUCACAUGAAACACCCGGCUCACCUGCCAGCCCUAGAGGGGUGCUCCUGGAAUACGGGAGAGCUCAACACCAUCCCUCCCAGCUGGAAAAUAGGGACCCGUUCUGCCCACACCUGCAGGAACUGAGGUCCCUGGGCAGAAGAUACUCUAAUGUUUCUAUACUUGACCACUGACUUAGUUCUUUGCACCAACUUGGUUUCUCUUGCCUUUCUCUUCUUUCUCUUUGUGACCCCUCUGUCGUGUGGACUUCCCCAGCUUCGCCUGGAGCACCUCCCUGGCCUGAAGACCCUGCUGAGGUCUUCCCAACAUUUUUUUCUCACCUCAGUAAUUUUCUUGAGGAAUUUUGACAUGUCAUCAUCCCUGCUUUCAAGGUUUCUCAUUUAUGGGUUCCUGAAGCUCCUUCUCAUGUAUGGUUACUGUUAGCAGCUUUUAUCAGUGAUUUGGGGACAGUGUUUCCUUAAAAUCUGGUCGAUUAUUAUUUUGAAAGCCAGAGAACAAUAAACUCAAUAUAUUUUAAAAUAUAAUUUGUUUUAAACAUCAGGGUUUUGAGCCAGGUUAAUUUUUAGCACUGAUGGCUGCACUGUCCCCAUGUUCUCACCCGACCUGGUUACGGGGGGCCUCAGUUCUGUGCCGGCAUGUCUGGAGGGCUCCUGGUGCCCCUGGAGCCUCUGUUCCUAAAUGCAUGGCACAUGGGACCAUGGCACAUCACCCAGUGCUCACGUGGGUACAUGCAGGUUGUGUCCCCCCAGUGGCACAGCAGUGGCCUCCCCUCCCUUGUGGGACAGGCUGCAGAGCUGGGCAGCUGUCCCUAGAAACCUGGCAAUGGCAGCUUUGCAGCACCUCUGGCACCCUGAAGCCAAAACCAUCUGAAAGGCCUUGCAUGAGAGGGAUGUGUCUCAAGGAAACUACUAAUGGCCUCAAGUUGCGCCAGGGGAGGCUUAGAUUGGAGAUUAGGAAAAAAUUCUUCACGAAAAGGGCUGUCAGGCAUUGGAACAGGCUGCCCAGGGAAGUGGUGGAGUCACCAUCCCUGGAGGUGUUUAAAAGAUGCCUGAAUGAGGUUCUUGGGGACAUGGUUUCGUGCCAGAGUUAGGUUAUGGUUGGAUUUGAUGAUCCUGAGGGUCACUUCCAACCGAAAUUAUUCUGUGACUAUUUAUGAAGAGAUUGGCAUUGCCUUUGUUUUUCAAAUGCUUGUUUUCCCACUCGUGUGAAGUCAGUUAUAGGGGACAGCCAGCCCAACUGGUGAGAUGUGGUGGUACCCCUGGCAGGUGAGGUUGGACCAGAGCUUCCCACCAUGCUGACUGUGGGGACAAGGGUGAUGACAGACCAAAGAAAAAAGAAACAUCAGAGCAGGGGGCAGCAAAAAUGUGCAAUAUGAUCAGAAAAGACAUGUGAAAACAUGUAAAGAAACUAUGGUGGUCAGAAGAACUGUUUGCUUCUCCUGGGAUGGAGAUUUAGCCAUUGAUAUAUUCAGCUGAUCUAUUUAAUUUGUCCUUAAAAAAAAAAAAGAAGAA